AAGAUCACAUAUGACUAUAUUUAGGCUUACACAUUGAGAGAAUUUGAUGAGUCAAAGUGAUUAGAUGAACAGUUCCAAAAAUGGACAAAGAGAGUGGGAGGGAGAUAAUAUUUAUUUAUUUUUUCAAUUCACUUGUAGUAGCCACAACACAACAGUUGUGUCCAUGAUAGAGGCCACCAAAUCCUUCGACUCCUUAAGCAACUCAAUGCUCUUCUCCAACCUCUCCCUCUUUCCGGCGAACGGCGGCGGCUCUUCCAGCAGCCUCCCAUAAUCCCGGCCAUGCAUAAACACCUCCUUCAUGAGAUGACCUCCUCUUCAAGCUCCCUGCCCGCCAACUCAUGAACGCCCAUCGUCAAAUGCAGAGCAGUACAAUCUGUUGGGGAUGAACGGAACAAAACACAACGGAAGCGUAUAAAAUCUUUUCCCCAAAUUAAUAAGAUGAACAACAAAGCACAAUAUACUCUAGAAAUCAGCACCACCACCACAAAUAAAUAACAACGGAAAUAAAAUAAAGAACACACGAUUUACGUGGAAACCCCAAAUCGGGGAGAAAACCACGGCCGCUCAACAACGGCACCCAAACUUCCACUAAUCACCAAGAACCAAGUGGGUACAACAAGUUCUCCUCUCUAGUAAACACUAGAGGCAUACACAAUCAUCAAGGAGCAACCUUGGAACAACAACAAUCAACAAUUCAACAUAAAAUGGAGUAAAAACUCCCAAAAACGCAGGUCUGAAAACGCAGCUAGAAAACA